AUGUCGAGUAUCUAUAAGGCCCUAUCAGGAGCCAAGGACUCCAAGAAGAAGAAUGCAGACAAAAAUGAGAAAAAUGCGUUCAUUAACAAGCAACGUACGUUGUUAAUCACCUCCAGAGGUGUUACUUAUAGACAUAGACAUCUAAUUCAGGAUUUAUUCAAGCUAAUGCCUCAUGCUAGAAAGGAACCUAAAUUAGAUACGAAAAAGGAUUUAGGCCAGUUGAACGAGAUUGCAGAACUAUACAAUUGUAACAAUGUUAUGUUUUUUGAGGCUAGAAAGCAUAUGGACCUAUACCUAUGGAUGUCGAAACCACCUAAUGGACCAACAGUAAAGUUUUAUCUUCAGAACAUACACACUAUGGAUGAAUUGGAUUUUACCGGUAACUGUCUAAGUGGUUCUAGACCUGUGUUAUCGUUUGAUUCCAGGUUUGAGUCUUCUACGCACUAUAAACUCAUUAAGGAAAUGUUCAUCCAUAGUUUCGGCGUUCCUCCACAGGCUAGAAAGUCUAAACCUUUUAUUGACCACGUUAUGUCGUUCAGCAUAGUUGACGACAAAAUUUGGAUAAGAAACUACGAGAUUUCCCAUUCAGCAAGAAACAACGACGAGUACGAAGAUAAGACCGACGAGGAAGACCUUUCUUUGGUUGAAAUUGGGCCACGUCUAGUUAUGACUCCAAUCUUGAUCUUGGAGGGUUCUCUAGGCGGACCAAAGAUAUACGAAAACAAGCAAUAUGUUUCUCCAAACUUGGUGAGGUCUCAAUUGAAACAACAGGCCGCUAAGGAAGCUAAGGCCAGAGCUGACGCAGCCGUCGCUAGAAAGAUCAGAAAACGGGAAAACGUCUUGGCUGUGGAUCCACUAUCUAACGAGGCCAUUUUCAAAGACUGA